AUGACAAGUACCGGUGCUCGUCCAUUAGUCUUUUAUGAUGGUCGAGGGAAUGCUCGUAGCUAUGUACAACUUAUUGGUGAUAUUCUAUUAGCUUUUAUAAACAGUAAAUUUAGCACAAAUCCUGGUAGUUUUUGGUGCAUGCAAGACAGUGUCCGUCCUCAUGUAUCAGGUUUUGCUAAAAAUUCUUUGAAAGAAAAAUGCUUCUCUAGAAUGGCCGCCUUCCUCCUCAGAUCUCAAUCCUAUUGGGAAUCUGUGAGACAUGAUCGACCAUCAGUUUCGAACUAUACAUCCAAAGAACUUGACGGAGGUCAAACAAAUGAUUGA